CGAGAAUUCCUGUGGGCGGAGAAGCGAUUCCGGUUCCGGGUGUCUUCAUACCAGUCGGAGGCGUUCGCGUUUCUGAUUAUGAUCUUUUAUCGGAAACUUUUCUCGACCAUCGACGGAUUCUUGUAGUCGCUUUUUUUUAUUCGGCAAGUUAAACGGAAUAAGCGAACAUGACGACUCGCUCAGAGAGAGAGAAGGCCGAGAAACUGAACGAGCAGCACCAGGCCAUCCUGUCCAAAAUGCUCAGAGAGGAAGACAACAAGUAUUGUGCCGACUGCGAGGCGAAAGGUCCCAGAUGGGCGUCUUGGAACCUGGGAGUAUUUAUCUGCAUUCGGUGUGCGGGCCUCCACAGGAAGCUCGGUGUCCACAUAUCCCGAGUGAAGUCAGUCAACUUGGACCAAUGGACCUCAGAUCAAAUCCAGCGUAUACAGGAUAUAGGAAACACCAAGGCCAGGCAGCUGUAUGAGGCCAACCUUCCAAAAAACUUCAGACGACCUCAAACAGACCAAGCAGUUGACUUAUUCAUCAGGGAUAAAUAUGAGAAGAAGAAAUACUACAGCAACAAUGUGACCAACGGAGGCAGUCCUAAAGAUUGUACCAAGAAAGAGAAGGAGACAGAGCGAGGGAGCAAGGUGUCAUCUUACACCAAGAAGAAUGACGAGUCAAGGCCAGUCCCUAAAAUCAGCCCAGUUAAGUCAUCAGAACCUGCGGUGAACCUACUAGGACUUGACGCACCGGCAGCUGCACCAAGCAACAAUGGGAUCACGAGCACAAGCCAGAACAAUAAUGACCUGGACAUAUUUGGUCCUAUGGUAUCCAACCCCCUACCCUCAUCCACAUCAACUGCUCAGUUUCCUCAGGUGAGCUCCAGCAGCGUGGCAGGCACGCCCACACAACCCCCAGCAGCAGUAGUGGGUGGAGCCGGGUCAGGACAGGGCAACCUUGACCUGUUCAAUGACAGCAGCAGCACAACUAAGACAGAAGAUAACGCAAAGAAGCCAUUGUCCAAGGACUCCAUCUUGUCACUCUAUGGAACCAACAUGUCACCACAGGCUCCGGCUGGUGAGCCAUCAGAUGUCAGGGUUGCAUCUGAACGGUGCAGCCAGACACAUGGCCUUCACUCAGCCUCCAACUGCUAUUGGUGGCUGGGCCGCACCCGGAUCCGGUCAAACUAUGAGCACACAACUUUGGAAGUGAGCUUUUCGGUGAGACGGACGGACAGAGGAAGGGUGGUGGUUGCAGAAAGUGCAAAAGCUCUUUUGUGUGUGUCUGCACCUCACUAUGAACCGACGUCUGUUUUCACUCUGGACCAGCCUUCAAGAACAUGGAUGUUGUAUCUCGACUUGCCCCCUCUCCUGCUUUCUCUGUCUCUCUCUCUCUCUAUUGUGUGAGUGAAUUGGGAGUCUCACAACCUGGCAGAUGCUGCCUGUUGUAUAUGGUUUUUGAGCAUUACUUUUAUUUUCCUUUUUUGGAAAACAAAUAGAAGGAAAUAACAGUCCCAACAAAAAUGGUAUUGACAUAUCAGAAAAGCUGCAGGACCAGUUACACAAGCUUUUAUUGUAUCAUUAUAAGAUUAUAGAACAUUUAAAUGAAUAGUAUUUAAAGGGGGAAGAUAAGACUAAUCCUGUCGGUCUGUACUGCUCCCAAGUGUACAGCGCUGUAUAACCUUUUAAAGCACCUGUGGUUCCCCUCUUACAAAAAUAAAGUUGUGUUAAAUAGUG